GUUAGGCUCCCACUCAACUUACGGGUUCACCGCUCGCUAGAGUAGCAUCCAGUGUCGAUUCCGGCUAUCAGCACCGCCACGAUUGGACAUCCAUCAACAUCAACCCUCCAAGUAGCCUUGCGAGGCGCAGCGAGGUUCUUGAGGAUAUCCAUGUAUAAGACGGGAAUCCCAGUGCAGGCGAAGGUGAUGCUGUAUUUCAAAGUCGAGUCACAUUUCACGUCGUGGCAUUCACUGUCAAGUGUAAGGUAGUUGAAGCUUGCAAGGACAGGAAGCCAACGGCAUCUUGUCAACACAUCGCGAUGCAGUCCUUCGGCAAAUGGGCACAUAUGCCCAUUUUUCUGAAUCUUCUGGCCCUUAUCUCGGCUCAGCUCGAUACAGGUGGCCUAUCCUCCGUGCCCAUGGACACAGGGGCCAAACUGGGAGCCUUGAUGGUAGCUGGGAGUGAGAGUCCGAUCGAGGAGCGACAAACCCUUAGGUGCCUGAAUCGGGGAUGGGUUAUCGCCUGCCCGGGUCGUGCUCUUCCAUGUGCCCCGCCAGGGGCGGCGUGCUGCGGACCGCUCUACUACUACUGGCCUGAGACCCAAUUCUGCUGCCCUGACGGGAGCGGAUCUUGUGCUCUCGGAACGGUAUGCUGUAGUACCGCUAGGAUGUGCUGCAAGGCUGGGGCGGUCUGCGCCGGCAACAGAUGUGCCUGGCCUACCUCCCUGGCCCCUACCAAGACGGGACCGACCACAUCUAGAUGGACAUCGACGCACACAACUACUACAUCGGCAAAGGCAACUACAUCGAAGGAAAUCACAUUGACAACUCGGAGAGUAACUACUACAUCGUCGAUAAUCAGUACUUUGACACAGACCUCCAAGACUACCAGCAGCGACAUCUCCGAGACCGAUGCAUGCAGCGUUGAGAUCAACGAGCGGCAGGUCCUGCCGGUUAAGACAAUUCCAUACGUCGAAACAUACACGACACUUCCUAACUCCAACACGAGGGUGUGUCUGGACAACAGAGAGCUGAUGAACAGCAUGUGUAAAGGGAUUAAAAAAGCCCGCGGUUGCACCUCUCAGUUCAUGAAGCUCACCUAUCGCCCUGACUUGGCAAAGACAAACAGGCCCACCAUGUGCCCCAAAGGGUUCUGCGAUGACGAGAACGUUCAGUGUAAGCCGGACGACACAUCUAUGCCCUGCAACCCCUACGAGAACUUCAUGGACAUCCCUGGCGGCCGCCCUGGCAUUAAGUGGCGCAUGACCUGCGACGAGUUCCCCUUUGCGUCAUCCUUACAGGGCGGCAAUCCAGGCACAGGCACGUCCAUCUGCAUCCCUGGCUGGCAGAACUCGUACCAGGGCCAGAUGCUCCGCGGAUUGGGGCAGAUGCUCCGCGGAUUGGCCGACAAAGACUACAUCGUCAAGAUCACGGGCUGGGACUGCAAGACGGGCCGGCCGACAGCAGGGUCCGCGCAGAACUGCGGGCUGAACUCGGGUACUGUCAUCAAACGGGAUGACCUGGGCUGGGAAAGCCUGGGUCAAGAAGACUUCUUCACCAACAUCACCGAGUCGGGGGAAAACGCCCUGAUGAUGUUCCUCGGCGACGUUAGUCCGGGAUCUUACACCUUCAACCUAACCGUCGCGUCUGGAAAUCUGACCAGCAUCCUUGCAGUCGACGGCGAGGGGAACACGUUCGACACGUCUCUUGGCAACGGGACCCUUCAGAUUGGCGUCGGCCUGCACCCGGUCACGGUCCAAUUCACAGAGGAGGCGUACGACGUGGCGCUGUGGGCGUAUACCAGGGAGACUCAAAUUCAGCUAACAUACAAUCUCACAUACACAGCGGCGGCGGCGACGUCACCGUCACCGUCACCGUCGCCAUCAGUUUCAAUGACAGGAGGAGUUUCCUCAGCUGGUGGUUGCGGGGGAGGGUUGGCGCUGCUCACUGCAUGCGGUGUUCUAGCAAUGCUAUCUAUUCUCAGCGCGCUGGUGUGAUUAGAGACCGAGGUGGUCUUCAACUGAAGUUGCUUCGCAUUCAGACGCCCUGUACUAGUAGCAAUGAUGAACCGUAGGCUUGGUCGUCAGCUUGCUUAUUCCGUUACAUCCAGUUCUUGGCUGGCAAAGGCUUGUGUGAGUUUUUCUGUUCAUUAGCAGGUAGAGAACACUGAUCCAGCGAC